AGGAUAAGAGCGUUAGGGCUGCCACUAGUGAAUUUACUGAUUUUGCUUCUGUUUGGUGGAGUGAAUACCGUCGUACACAUAUAAAUGAUUUGCCACCUACUAUGGAUGAUCUGAAAUGAAUUAUGCGUGCUAGAUUUGUACCUUCAUAUUAUGCACGUGACAUGUUAAAUAAGCUGCAGCAAUUGGCACACGGUGGUACUAGUGUAGAAGAAUAUUACCAAGCACUGCAAAUGGGUAUGUUGCGUUGUGGAUUAGUAGAGGACGAGGAGGCUGCGAUGGCUCGAUUCUUGGGGGGCUUAGACCAAGAAAUUUAUGAUAUUCUUAGUUACAAAGAGUAUAAUAAUAUGACUCGGUUAUUUCACUAUGCUUGUAAAGCUGAACGGAAAGUGCAAGGGCGACAUGCACGAACAAAGGCUAACACUCCUGCAGGUAGAACUCCAUGGACGGCUCGGAGUGGCACUGCUCCAGGUGGUCGAUCAUCAACUUUGACAUCGACAUUAGCACCCUCCACCAGCAACAAAACGCGACCGAGUCCCUCUACUACCUCUUCUCGUGCCGCGGAGGCUGUAGAAAAGACCGCUAAGCCUACAUCCUCCGUUGCUUCCACGGGCAGAACAAGAGACGUUCAGUGCGACCGCUGCCCUAGCAAGCAUGUGUUGAUAGUCAAGAAUGUUGGUGAGUACUCGUCUGCUAGUGAUUUUGAUGAAGAUAAACUUGCAUUGCUUACAGCUAACAACACACGUAGCAAGGAUGACGAACACAUCAGGGCCGAUGUUGCAAACAAGUAUGAGAGUCUUAUUGUGCAGAGUGUCUUGAGCGCACAAAUGGGCAAAUCAGAGCAGAACCAGCGGCAUAACCUCUUUCAGAUGAAGUGUGUCGUCAACAAGCGUUCCUGUCGCACAAUCAUCGAUCGGGGCAGUUGUAGGAACUUGGUGAGUACAGAGAUGGUCACGGAGCUAGCAUUGCAGACGAAACCACAUCCCCACUCAUACUACAUUCAGUGGUUCAACGACAGUGGCCGCAUUAAGGCAGACCCCACCUGUCACAGAUAGGGGGGAGAGGGUGGCUGCUCGGGCGGCUGGCAAAAGUUUGAGGCAGCGCCGACGGCGUUUAACCGGAGGCGACAAGAGAGAAAACAUAGCUCGUUCUCCCACGCACUAGUCGAUGGCUGCACGGCCUCCGGACAUGGCUGUAACAGUGUAAACGAGCUGCUGGAGUGGCACAGGUGGUUUUAGGCGAAAGGCCACUCAGACGGAUCUAGCACAGUAGCAGUGGAAGCUCGAGCCCGAAGUACCCCGUUAAGACUACUUAAGAGCAACUCCAACAGCUCUCCAUUCUAACUUGCUAUCAAUGUUUUUUUGGCAAAGUGUAAAAAAAUUGUCUCUAACAGUUUGUCAUCCGGGUUUUCAAAUUUUGGUAAUUUGCCAUAUCCUCUCGU